AUGAAUGGAAAUUUUAUAAAAUCAUUUUCUGAAAUUCCAGGACCGAAAUCGUUACCAUUUAUUGGAACCCUUUUUUAUUACCUUCCAGUUAUUGGAAAAUAUAAAUUCGAUGAACUUUAUUUAAACGGUUUAAAAAAAUAUAAUGAAUUUGGUCCGAUAAUAAAAGAAGAAAUCGUACCUGGAACAAAUAUUAUUUGGUUAUUUAAUCCAGAUGAUAUAAAAAAAUUAUUUAAAAUAGAAGGAAGGUAUCCGGAAAGAAGAAGUCAUUUGGCUUUACAACAUUAUAGAAAUCAUCGUAAAGAUUUAUAUAAUUCUGGAGGAUUAUUACCCACUAACGGACCUGAAUGGUAUCGACUUCGUAGUUUUUUUCAAAAAGGUUUAAGUUCUCCAAAAAAUGUUCGCUCUUAUAUUUCACAAACAAAUGAUAUCGUUGAUUGUUUUAUAUCUCACUUGGGGGAUUCCCAGUCUUCCAAAACAGAAGAUUUUAUUAAUAAAUUAUCAAGACUUUUUUUAGAAAUUUUAGGGGUUGUAAUUUUCGACUCCAGAUUAAAUAGUUUUACAACCGAAGAAUUAAAACCUCAAUCAAAAAGUAGUAAAUUAAUGGAAUCCGCAUUGACGAUUAAUUCAUGUAUAUUAAAAACAGAUAACGGUCUUAGACUCUGGAGAUUCUGGAAUACUCCUUUAUAUAAUAAAUUAAAAAAUGCUCAUCAAUUUAUGGAAAAUAUGGCUGUAGAAUUAAUAGAAAAAAAAAUUCAAAAAAUGAUUAAUAAAAAUAAUAAUGAUAAUGAUAAUGAUGAUGGAGAAAAAUCACUUUUGGAAUAUUAUUUAACGUCUAAAGAAAUCGAUAAAAAAGACAUAAUUGGAAUGUGUGCAGAUAUUUUACUUGCUGGUAUCGAUACGACGACAUUUUCAACAAGUUUUACACUUUAUCAUUUGGCAACAAAUAAAGAAAAACAAGAAAAAUUAUUUAAAGAAAGUUUUAAUCUUCUUCCUAAGGGUGAUUCUUUGAUAACGAGCGACAUAUUGGCCAAUGCGGAAUAUUUAAAAGCAGUUAUUAAAGAAUCAUUUAGAUUAAAUCCAAUAUCAGUUGGAAUCGGAAGAAUAUUAUUAGAAGACGCCAUUUUUUCCGGAUACAGAGUACCAAAAGGAAAUGUUAUAGUUACACAAAACGAAAUAAUAUGUAAAUUAGAUAAAUAUUUUACUCACCCUUUGAAAUUUUAUCCGGAAAGAUGGUUGAAAAAAGAAAAUAAAAAUUUAAAUCCAUAUUUGGUACUUCCGUUUGGUCAUGGUCCAAGAUCUUGUAUAGCGAGAAGAUUGGCUGAACAAAACAUGCAAAUAACUAUUUUAAAGUUAUGUCGAAAUUUUAAAAUUGAUUGGAUUGGAAAUCCUUUAGGUUCAAAAUCAUAUUUAAUUAAUAAACCUGAUGGACCUUUAAAAUUUACAUUUCAAUAUAGAAAUAUUUGA